GUGAUAUCGUUACAGGUUCGCAAUGCAACUGCUGUAUUCAUCAUAAAUCUCUCGUUAUCGGAUUUACUGUUUUGCUGCUUUAAUUUGCCAUUGGCAGCGAGCACAUUUUGGAAUCGAGCUUGGACACAUGGCGAACUACUUUGUCGUUUAUAUCCACUGUUACGAUAUGGUUUAUUAGCCGUUUCAUUAUUUACAGUACUGGCCAUUACUAUUAAUCGAUAUGUGAUGAUCGGUCACCCAAGAAUUUAUCCAAGAAUUUAUCGCCGAAAGUAUUUAGGAUUAAUGGUUGCAGGAACAUGGUUGGGGGCGUUUUGUACAUUGAUCCCCACAUGGCAAGGGAAAUGGGGUGAAUUUGGAUUAGAUCGCACCAUUGGUUCAUGCUCUAUUCUACCAGAUAAAAAUAACACUUCACCAAAAGAAUUUCUAUUCAUAAUGGCAUUCCUAUUGCCAUGUAUCUCGAUUGUAGUUUGCUAUGCGCGUAUUUUCUACAUUGUACGAAAAACGGCGUUGCGUUCACAUGACACUGGAAGUACGUUGGGUACGCGAACACAAAAUAACAACCAAUGUAAAAAACUCUACGCAACAAACAAUAAUAAGAAUGUGAGUGAUGGUACUGACGUUCAAUUGUUACCAAAAUCCGAUGAUGUUAAUGGAAGUUCCAGCGAACGAAAUGAAAAAAAGCGUUUUAGCGAAAAGAAUUUGCUGGAAAGUGACAAUUCAUCCACAUUGCUAUCACAUAGUCAGAGUCAUGGUGAUAUAAAAACUGCAAUGAAAUUCAUUGAUGCUGCUAUUGGCAAUGACUAUCCACCGACAUUGUCGGCAUUGCGAAAAACUCAACAGGGCAACGAAGAGUAUAAAUUAACGGCCAACGAUCGAAAUCUCAGUAAUGUCAGCAUCAGUCGGACGGUAGAAUUCAUUGAAGCGAAUGGUGAGCGACAUAAUUCAUGUGAUCGAGAUUAUAUUGUGAAAAUGACUCAAGAUACGGUCGAUUCAGCAAUCGAAGAAAGCACCAGCUCAACAGAAAAUAAUCAUGUUUAUCACAUAAAAAGCAAUAACAAUUGCUUACAAAUUCUUGCCGUACAAGUGGAGCCAUCGUCUAGCUCUGGCAUUGAUUUGCACCUGGAUAACGAAAGUCCACCAAGACGCAUGAAACGCUCAUACACCAGCUCAAUUCGUCGAUCGAAACGAAGCAAUCGUGAGAAGGGCAAUUUGUCGGGCAGUAGUUGUACCAUUGGUAGUUCAACAUCUCGCAAAACAUCCGGAAUGACAAAUACAUCGGGUGCAUCGAUAUUGUAUCCUGGUCGGAUGACAACAAAAGAUCGCCGCUUACUCAAAAUGAUAUUAGUAAUUUUUGUCUCAUUUGUAACGUGUUAUUUGCCUAUUACAUCUACCAAAAUAAUUCGAUCAUUACACAAUAUUCCCGUGUUCCAUAUGAUGGGCUACAUUUUAAUUUAUCUUACCCCGUGUAUAAAUCCCAUCGUUUAUGUGCUGAUGUCAUCGGAAUAUCGCCAGGCUUAUUGGGAAUUGCUAACGUGCCAUAUAAACAGGCGAACAAAACGUUCGAAAAACUAUCACAGCAAUCGAAAUCACUUUCAAAAGAACAACCAAAUAAAGGAGACGCCAAAUAAAACGUGAUUUACUCGAAAAAUCAUAACAUAAAGGCCACAUAAUCAGCAUUUAAGCAUUAAAAUAGUGUAUAUGUAAUUGUUUAUUGUAAGAGACUUGAUUAAGAAGCCAUUGCUAUUAUUUUUAAGUUCUUCUCUUCUAGAACGAAGAUGUAAAAAAAAGAAGGAAAGAUAAAAACGCCUUUUUGGGAAGUUUUACUCGUUUUUAUACUCAUUUUUGUUAUACCAAAAUUUUGUUAUAUUUUUAAGUAUGGAACACAAAUUGACACACAUUCGAAACAAAAUAAUUUAUUUUUCAAUUUCUCAUUUUAGUUAUAACCAUUCAAGAUU